UCGGUGAAUUGUUCUAGGCAAAAUGUACAUCAAGGAAAUCACAAUUGACGGGUUUAAGUCCUACGCAAACAGGACGACAAUCGGACCUUUCGACUCAGAAUUCAACGCAAUCACAGGACUGAACGGCUCCGGAAAAUCCAACAUCCUCGACUCUAUUUGCUUCGUUUUGGGAAUCUCUAAUUUGAGUAAUGUACGUGCAACUGGUUUGAGCGAUUUGGUGUACAAAAAUGGACGCGCAGGCGUUACAAGAGCUACCGUUUCAAUCACGUUUGACAACUCUAACCGAGCUCAAAGUCCGAUUGGCUAUGAAAACGAGCGAGAAAUUGUAGUUUCUCGGCAGAUUGUUGUCGACGGUAAAAAUAAAUACAUGAUUAACGGCUUAAACGCAACCAAUCAGCGGGUUGUUGACUUUUUCCGAAGCGUGCAAUUAAAUGUGAACAAUCCUCAUUUUUUGAUUAUGCAGGGAAGAAUCACGAAAGUGUUAAAUAUGAAACCUCCUGAAAUCUUAUCGAUGAUCGAAGAAGCCGCUGGAACUCGAAUGUACGAGUGCAAACGUGAACAGGCGCAGAAAACAAUUGAAAAGAAAGAAGAAAAGCUGAAACAAAUAACGGAUGUUUUGACCGAGGAAAUCAUGCCGAAAUUGAGCAGUUUGAAAGAGGAAAGAGCGUCGUAUUUGCAAUACCAAGACAUGGUUCGUCAAAUUGAACAUUUGACCAAACUUGAAGUCGCGUAUCAGUAUCACCAAUGUGAUCAAAAAGCACAAUCCAAUGCAGACGAAGUUCAAGCUCAGCAAGAGGCAAUUGAAAAAAUAAAUGAUGCCAUUACGGAAAGUAUGGAAUCGAUUGACACUUUGACGUUUGAGGCGAAAGAGUUGGAAAAGCAACAAGCAGCGGAACGCAAUUCGGUUCUGAAAGAUUUGGAAGUCAAGUGGAACGAAACUAGAAAUGCCGAGGCGAAAGCGUCAAGCGAGUUCGAACAUCGUGAAAAGCAAAUGAAAGACUUGGACAAGAAAAUUGUCCAGAUUGAGAAAACUAUCAAGACGGAAAAAUCGAAUCUAGAGAAAAGUCAGAAAAGUUUGCAAAUGUUGAGUGAGAAUGUAGAGGCGUUUCAAAUAAAAAAAGACGAGGCAGAGAAAGAAGUAGAAGCUGCUCAAAAUUUAGUCCAGGCCGCGAAAUCGGGAAUGUACGCAAACGAAGCAGGCGCAGCGGUCUCCUUGCACGAGCAGCUAAAUGCUGCGAAUACGGAAAAGUCACAAGCUAGUUCGGAAAUCGAAUUACUAGAACGUAAACUGAAACAGGUCAAAACUGAUUUGACCUCUAAAGAACGAGAAUUGAAUAAUAUGACUGCUUCUGGUGGCGAUGAUGAGAAAAAAUUCGAUUAUCUGAAAAACGAGGUGAAGAAAAUCAAAGCCAAGAUGGCUAAACUCGGAUUUGACGAAGACGCUUUUGCUAGUCUGAAUACCGAAGCGCGUAAUUUGCAAAUCGAGUCGAACAAGUUGCGAAGCAAAAUUGAAAGUUGGAAAGCGAAAGACUGGCGGUUGCAGUUUAGCUACCGACAUCCGGGAGGUAAUUUUAAAGACGAGUCAGUCAAAGGCGUUCUAGCUACUCUUUUUAAUGUUAAGGACAAGGAAAACCAACUAGCAGUCGAGGUCGCCGCAGGCGGCAAGUUGUUCAACGUGGUCGUUGACAAUGAUAGAAUAGCGGAAAUGUUGUUAAAAAUUGGCCAACUGAAAAGCAGAGUGACCUUUAUCCCUCUGAAUAAAAUAUCCGGUCGAGUAUGUAAUGGAAAUAUUGUCAGAAGAGCGAAAAGCAUCACUGGAGACAAAAAUGUUCAUCACGCUUUGGAAUGCGUCGAGUUUGAGAAGGAUAUUAGAAAUGCAAUGGAGUUUGCUCUGGGUAAUAGUCUGAUCUGCAAUGAUUUGGACAAAGCUCAAGACGUGUGUUAUGAUUCUCAAGUGAGAACCCCUGUAGUAACUACCCAAGGAGAUAGUUUCAACCCUGACGGACUCUUGAGAGGCGGUUCCAGGCCUAACAAAGAAUCGGUGAUUGCGAUUGCUUCUGCCUUAAAAGAGUUCCAAGACAAACACGUUGUUGUUGAGCGAAGACUAAAUGAAAUUCGAGAGGAGAUGGCAAAAUUGGGACAAAAGGCGCAAGAGUUUGAAAAUCUGAAACGUCAAUUAGAGUCUAAUUCGAUGGAACUUCAGACUUUGCAGGUCCGGCUGGAAAAUAGUUCCACUGGAAUUCGGAAACAAGAAGUUGAAAGUUUGCGUAAAGAAUUGGAAGAAAUUUUGGCUAAUUUGGACGAAAACAAAAAGUUGGCUGAGAGCUCGGCAAUGAGAAUUGCGGAACUGGAAAAGAUGAUUAAAAAUGAAGCAGAAGUUAAGCAAAACGAGAUGAGAAAAUCGAUCGAACGCCAAAAACAAGCAUCGUCUAAACUGCAGAAUGUGUUGACUGAAUAUGAUAAAAUGUCGACCGCUGUUUUGGACUUGAAAGCUGAAAUUAGUGCGAUUGAAAAAGAGAUCGUUUCGAAUGAAGAAGAGUUAGAAACUAAACAAGCAGAGGCAGAAAAACUGAAAGAAGAGGUCGAUUUGGCGCGAGAAAAUUUGAACCAAGCGAAAGGAGAAAGUUUUGAAGCGAAAAAAAGUUACAAUGAAAAGAAAGAAGGGCUGAAAAAAGCUAAUCUUGAGUUGGAGAAAAAGUACAAAGAAAUGCAUAAGUUAACCGAUGGGAUAACUGCUAAUAAGUUGGAAGCACAGCAGAUGGAAUAUAAAUUAGAGUCGAUUGAAAAAGCGGGAAAAGAUGCGAAGAAACGAAUCGAACAGCUGAAAAACAAAUACGAUUGGGUAGCGAAAGAGUGUAUGUAUUUCGGACAAGCUAAUUCGGCAUUUGAUUUUUCCAUGCAUGAUAUGAAUAGAAUCGCGGCUAACUUGGCCAAACUUCAGAAGGAUAAAGACUCGCUUUCGAGGAAGGUAAACAUGAGAGCGAUGAGUAUGCUUGAAGAGGCGGAGAGAAGUUGCGAGGAGCUUAAGGUGAAAAAGAACACGGUGUUGAAAGACAAGGCGAAGUUGGAGCGAACGAUGGCAGAUCUGGAUGAGCAGAAGCGGAAGGCGCUGAAAGAGGCCAUAGCCAGAGUGAACAAGGACUUCGGAGUCAUUCUCAACACUCUUCUGGAUUACGCUUUUGCCGAGUUGAAACCCCCGGCCGGUCAAACGGAAUUGGAUGGGCUGGAGAUCCGCUGCAGGUUCGGCACAGUCUGGAAGGAAAGUCUGACUGAGUUAUCUGGAGGUCAAAGGUCACUGGUCGCAAUUUCACUCAUCCUAGCCAUGCUCAAAUUCAACCCGGCGCCAUUGUACAUUCUGGACGAGAUAGACUCAGCACUGGAUCUUAGUCACACCCAGAACAUAGGAAGGCUCAUUGCUACGAAGUUUCAGUCCUCGCAAUUCAUAGUCGUCUCGCUUAAAGACGGGCUGUUCAAUAACGCGAAUGUAUUGUUCCGAACAGCUUUCGUGGAAGGUGUCAGUACUGUAACGCGUCAAGCGAAGCACUGAAAGGCUAAAAGCGUUUGGACUGAUUUUAAAACAACUAUGAUUUUGUCUUUGAUUAAUUGCUCCUUCGUGUGGAUUAACAUUGUUUUGUUAUUAAGUGUGGAUUACGUUAAGUUUGAGUUUUGAGUUUGAUUUGAAUAAUAAUUUUUGUAAAAUUUGUCAUCAAUGUUGGCGAGUAUUUGUAAAUAUUAUUUUGAGCAUCGUUUUGGAAGAACCAUGAUUGAACUGACGUAAGGCGG